GUAAAGCAAAGAUGGCUCGCUUCAUUCGAACAGCUCAAAGAACAUUCAUCCCCGCUGCUUCGAAAACCCUAACUAACGACAGCCAAUCACCAGCUUCACUACUCCGAUUCAAAACCUAUGCAACCUGCAAAACCCACGAAUCGCCUUUCACAGCCAACGUCAUCAGAAUCCUAAGCAACGAGAUCGAGUACCAGCUCGACUACUCCCCUCCCCAUCGGCCUGCUACGAGUUUCAAUUCAUUCACGGUUCAAGACCGGCCGGGAGAGAAGUGGAUGACAAUGAGGGCAAGAUAUGGAGACAAUGAAGAUAUCAAAUUAGAAACAACCAUGUUUGACGGUUGUGCUUUUGUUCCUAAGCCCGGAGAAGAUAGCACCGGGGAAAAUGUGGUUCUUCACAUUAGCUUGCUUGUUGAUAUAUCCAAAGGUCAAGGAUAUCCUGAAAUGGAAUUUUUGUGCUCGGCUUGGCCCGAUCGUUUAGAAAUCCAGAAAGUUCAUUUGCUAAAUCGUGAUAAGAUUGUCAUUAAUCCGUAUAUGGGACCUGAUUUCAGGAAAAUGAAUGGGGAACUUCAGAAGACACUUCGUGAUUACUUGGAAGCAAGGGGUGUAAAUAAUGAACUUUGUCGCUUUUUGCACGAGUAUAUGACGAAUAAGGAUAGGAUUGAACUCGUACAAUGGUUGGGAAAUGUCAAAUCCAUUGUGCAGAAAUAGAAUGAGGUUUGUUUAUGAAAUCUUGAUGUCUACUCUGUAGAUGUUCCUAUGCGAGGUUCGCAAGAUUUUUAUUUAGGAUCCUCUAUGAUUCGUGACCAACCGUUUUGAAACACUAAAUACUAAUUUAUCAUCAUAUCGUGUGGCAUUGGCUUAUAAGUUUUAAAUCUUUUCUAAGCUGCAGAAUUGUGAAGGUAAUCGCAAUCCCGUUGUGCAGAACCUUAGUGGUGCAGGUUAAAAUAAGUGUUUGCGGAUUAUAUAUAUAUGUGGAUAGACUCUUUUUUAGAA